GACGUGUGUCGCGUUUCUCCUUGCUCUCCCUCUCUCCUUACCUCUCUUACUCUCACUCACAUCUCCAGGCUGAGCUGGACCACACCGGACACCCGAGUCACUGCCCACCGCUCUCCGCUCGUGCCAAAUUGUGGCGUCAUUGAACAAAAUUUUCAAAUGCAUUAAAAUCAACCGUUUUGCCUCCUGGAAAUGAAAAAUCAAAAUUAGAAUUGCCUUCAAGAUAAUCAUAAGGAAACUGUCACCCGAUAGACUCCUGACGUGGUGGCGAUGCGUGGCGGCAGAGGUGCUCAGUGAGGCUAGUGAGCGAGGACUUGCGGUGACACCUGAGGCAGCAUGUGGUGGGUGCACGGCAGCGAAGGGGGCUUCUACACCUCCUCCCGGCGCUCCUACGCUAGGAAAGCCCCGCCGCCCUUCCUCCACAAACUUGGGCACGGCCACUAUUUCGGCCCCUCCAGGAACUCCUAUCCUGACGGACCUUCGAUGGGCACCAUGAAUGGCCAUUACUACCGCAAGCGGCUGUGGCAAGGAAAUGGGGAAAUUGGACGGCAGAAUGGCCUUGGUCCACGGGAUGGCAGUACUGGUGGGAUGUCCAAGGAAGAAAAUGGAGAAAGUGGCCAGACACACUCACUCAAGCGCAGCUCUUCCCAUGACGUUGAAGUGGGUGCAGAUCAAAACGAAAUGGCAGCUAAACGACGAAAAACUGGACCUCCUCAACCAAAGAAUCCCAUCAGCACACUGAAUGAGUUACGACCUGGCUUGGUGUACAAAACCAUGGCCAUGGAUGGACCAUCCCACGCUCCAGUCUUUACUGUAACUGUAGAGCUCAAUGGACAGGUUUAUGAAGGCACUGGUCGCAGCAAGAAGCUAGCCAAACAUGCAGCAGCAGAGGCCACUUUAAGGUCUUUCCUGCAGUUCCGUAAUGCCUCCGACGCUGCUGAGGCCUUGGGCACCAACAUAACCUCACCCCAGGACUUCACCAGUGAUGUCUCAGAGGCUGGGUUUGGUGUGGGCUCCUCCACUGGUGACUCGACUCCGACAAAAUCGGCAGCAGCUGCUGGUGCAGAUUCUAGCAACAGAGUGGCCAACACCAAUGCUCCCCAUGUGACAUCAGUCCCACCUGGACCAUCACAAACUUCCAAGAAUCCCAUUAUGCUUUUGAAUGAAUUACGACAAGGAGUUGAGUACACUUUAAGGCAAGAGUCUGGGGAGCCGCAUGCAAAGACCUUCACUUUCCAAGUCACUGUGGAUGGACAGCUUUUUGAGGGGACAGGUAACAGUAAAAAGUUUGCCAAAGCUGCAGCAGCACGCCAAGCCCUGAGCAAGCUGUAUGGCUUGAUUGCCACACCACCAUCUGCUGUUCUACACCACACGCCCAUUUCCAACAUGCCCAACAUUCACAUGCCCCAGACACUUGCUGACAAAGUUGCAAAACUAGUUUGUGAGAAGUUCUCAGAACUAACAUCUGGUAAUCCAACCCUUGCCAAACGAAAGGUGCUUGCAGGUAUUGUCAUGACAAAUGAAAAUGACUUGGAAGAUAUGAAGGUUAUCGGUGUGGCAACAGGAACAAAGUGCAUCAAUGGCGAACAUCUCAGUCUUCAGGGACAGUGCAUUAAUGACUGUCAUGCUGAGAUCAUGGCACGUAGGUGUCUCCUCCACUUCCUGUACAGUCAACUGGAGAAAAUGGUGCAGUGGAGAAAGAAUGGAGGACUCUUGAACACAAUCUUUGAAGAGCUUGAAGAUCAGAAAGGGUUUAGAAUACAACCACAAUACAAGUUUCACCUUUACAUCAACACUGCCCCAUGUGGUGAUGCAAGAAUUUUUGCUCCACAUGAAGAGGAAGCUGACCGCACAGACAGGCAUCCUAAUAGGCAGAGUCGUGGGUUAUUGCGAACCAAAAUAGAGUCAGGAGAAGGAACAAUUCCAAUUAAGGCUGGAGCAGAUAACAUCCAGACCUGGGAUGGAGUGCUGCAAGGGGAACGCCUUCGCACAAUGUCCUGUUCAGACAAGAUAGCCAAAUGGAAUGUCGUUGGUCUGCAAGGGGCACUCCUGUCACACUUCCUUCAACCUGUCUACCUUGAAUCUAUUGUUUUAGGUUCAUUAUUUAGUGCUAUUCACAUGUAUAGAGCUGUUUCUGGCAGAAUAGAACAGACUGUCCAGGGGCUGCCAUCUCCAUUCAGAUUAAAUCAACCAAAGAUGAACCAAGGGAGCUCGACGGAGUCUCGACAGCCCCAGAAAGCCCCCACUAUAUCCGUUAAUUGGGAUUGUGAGGGAGAAAGUUUAGAAGUUCUCAAUGCCAUGACUGGUCGUCAGGAAGGGGAAAAUUACUCAAGACUGUGUAAAAGGAACCUAUUGACAAGAUUCUGUGAAUUGUUAGAUCAUCUACCAACUGUAACAGAGGUGGAUGCAGGAGCAGUCAAGUGUCUUUCAUAUGGUGAAAUUAAGGCAUUGGCUGCAGACUACCAAACAAGUAAGAGGGCAGUUGAAACAGCCUUUGCUCGUGCUGGCCUUGGACAGUGGAUUAGCAAACCAAUGGAAGAAGAUAGUUUCUAUAUAUGAUACUAAGACAACAGCGUCUACUUUUCAUUUUCACUUGGAGGUGCUGAAUGAUGCUCCACCUGAAUAAGGUACAUAGGUUUCAGUGUUCCUUUUCUUUGUAGUUGUCACUUUGUGUGACUUCAGAAUUUGAGCACCUGUGUUGUGGUAAUGUGUGAUAAGUUUUCAUUUUGAUUUUCUACUGCAUAUUUAAUACAGAGGUUGUCAGUUUUCAUUUAUAUAGAAAUGGUAAUAUUUUUUUAAUGAUGAAUAGUACAGUAUUUGCAGUAAACACGAUAUACUUGUUAUUACUUGUAAGAAUAAUUUACCUGUAUUUUAAAUCUUGUUUGCACCUUCUUGUGGUUUUUGGUUUCAUUGAAACAUGACAUUUGGUGUAGUAUUUAUUAUCUUCGUUAAUCCUUUGAUUUAGAAAAGAGUGUUUUUCUCAAAUAUUUACAAAAUUAAACAACUACUUGAUAGAGUUCACAAUGAAUAAAUCAAAUUGUGGUGAAGAUUUAUGAGUGCAAAUCACAUAGUACAUAAAAUGUUCUGUUGAACAGACCUGUAUUAAUUAUUCCAGUAAAAUGAUAGGGUGUAGAUCUGAGAUCUCAAGAUGCAUUCAAGACAUCUCAAAGGUUUAAGAAUACCAUGGAAUUCAAGUACUCAAAGAUUUAAGAAUUACCAUGGAAUUCAAAUACAUAUAAUACUUUCAUGGUUCAUAAAUACAGUGCAUUUAAAAUUAUAAAAUUAUUAGUUUCAUUUUUGUUAACUUAGGAGUUGUAAAUGUAUUGUUUUCCAUGUUAAACAUACACUGUCCAGUAAAACAGUACAACCCAAACCUCUCUUCACAAAUUCCUGAUAUUACAAUACAUAUAAGUUAUCCAUGGCAAGGCUCACACCAUUUUGUUGGACCAAAGAUUUAGUCAGUUCCCUCAACACUUGAUUUAGUAAUUGGAAGAUGAUGUGCAGAAUGUCAUUUCACCGAGUUCAUUGCAAAAUGAAAAAUUGAUUGUACUGCCACACAUUUCUGACUUUAAGAUUGUACAUUUUAUUAUUUUAUCACUGCGUGUUUACAAACCCUGUGAUUAGUCAACAUCAAAAUCAUGGCUUACCAGUAAGCCAUUAAAAAAAAGUUUAUUCUAAAUUAAAUUACAUUUCUAAACAUUAGUACUGUUUGCAUCAGGGAUAAAAAUUUGCAUUUUUAUGCAUGAAAACUGCCAGUUUAUCUGAAUCCUUUCUACCUUAAUAAGUUUUAACAAAAGUAGUAAGGCAAUAUAUAUUUGAGAAAGAGGCAAGUAAAGAGCCUGAUAAUAGGAUAUUCAGAUUACAUACUUCAAAGAUUUAUAAUAUAUGGUGUGAUGUUGAAAAUUUACUUGUUCAAUUAUAUUUAGUUUCCUUCAAAUAUAAACCUUAAGAGAAAUAAUUAUACAAUGACAAUGCAAGGUUAAGGUAAAUGUAGGGAGGAAGAUAAACAACCACUAUGAAAUUUGUAUUGUAUAAUAGCAAACUGAAAAGUACCUGAGAGAUUUAGCAUGGCCUUUCUUUUUUCUUUCUUAUUUCCUUUCUUUUCUGUUUCUCCCAUCAAGUGCAUAAUAUAUUAUACUUUAUUAGUUGAAAGAAGGAAAUUAAUAACUUCAUUAGAAAAAAUUUUAAGUUAUAAGAUAGAGGAGAUGGGUACUGGAAGGAAUUAGUGUUAGUUGAGCUAGAAUAUCAGGUGCAGAGGGAGUUCAAGGAGAAAAAUAAGGUGUGUGUACCAUCUGUUAUAGGUUUAAUCCUUCAUGGAUAUUUACUGUGAGAUUGUCAGUGGAGCAUGCCUACAAUCUUAAAGCUUAAAACUUAAGAUAAUUCUUUUACUUUUACUCCCCCCCCCUUUAUGAAUCAUCAUUCUCGGCAGUGUGGUGCAGUCCACAUGGAUUGGAAAAAAAAAUUUAUCCUCUAAAUGUAACUGUGUUCUGUCUCUUCUUAAAGGUUCACAUUUUUCAAAGCAGCACAUGUAUGGCUUUAAGAUGCUAAUCUUUCAGACACAAUAUAUUUUAUUUUUUACUAGUCAACUUUUUUCUUUAACAUCCCUUUCAAGGAAAAAAAAAUUUCAAUCUCUCUCUCUCUCUCUCUCUCUCUCUCUCUCUCUCUCUCUCUCUCUCUCUCUCUCUCUCUCUCUCUCUCUCUCUCUCUCUCUCUCUCUCUCAAUGGGUAAUUUGAUUAUCAGUUGAAAGUGAAAUAAAACUUCAUUUUAAUGUAUAAUGGAAUUAGUAAGUAAUUAGGAAGAAACGUUACUUAUCAGAUGGUGGAGAUUGUGAAACUCAACAUUUUAGAAUAAUUUGGGGACUUUAGGUCAAUGAUGAGAAUAAGAUGACUAGAAGCACUUGCAGGAAAAUGAUUCUUGGAAAAGAAAGUCAGUGGUCAUCAUAAGAUUCAAAAGAAGACAUUUUAGAGGACUAAGAAAGAGAGAGAGAGAGAGAGAGAAUUUGUUGAGGGAAUGGGUAUUGUUUUUCCCUCUUGAGAGUUUAAAGAAUAGUGUAUGGUAUUAAGCACAAAGUAGUGACUUACUGCUUCCUUUCCUUAUUGAUACUUCUGUUUUUACAGCCUGGUUGUGUGCCAAAAUAGAUCUAUCUCCUUUUUAAAUCAAUAAGAGUAAUACAAUUAGCAGAUGUUUUGCAAAAAACAAAAAAAAUGCAAAGCUGUAUUGAAAAAAUAAGCAAAAAAUAUGCAAUCCUGAAUAGGAUAUAGUAUCACAGUGAAAUUGAAUCUGCAAGUGCAUCUGGCAUUGCAACAAAAAAAAAAAAACUAUUACCUGUUCUUGAUAUGUCAUCAAGAAUGGUGGUGGUAAAUAGUAAACAAUAGGGAUGAAAAUUUAAUGAAAGACAAGUAUAUAGACAAUAUAUAAACAUGGUAUUGUAAUUGGCAGUCUACCUGACCUCUGUGGAUAGCAUGUAACAGUAACAGUUAGAUCACUUCCAUCAUGUGUCACCAAUACUUAAUUUCUUGUCAGGUCGUGGUGCUUCAUCUGCUCUUCUUAUUUUACUUGUAUGUUCCAUCCCUGCAUAGUCUUAUUUCUCUCUCUCUCUCUCUCUCUCUCUCUCUCUCUCUCUCUCUCUCUCUCUCUCUCUCUCUCUCUCUCUCUCUCUCUCUCUCUCUCUCUCUCUCUCUCUCUCUCUCUCUCUCUCUCUCUCUCUCUCUCUCUCUCUCUCUCUCUCUCUCUCCUGGAAACAUCAUAUCUCUUGAAUGUUUCUUUUCAUCUAAGCAUUUGCUACCGCUUCUUAAUUUGCUAUGAUAUUGUUGCUCCUUCCUAAUGCUGAAUUUUCUUUUAAUUUAAUAUAUAACAGCAUUUCCAUGAGCAUAAUUAGUCAUUGAUAGGGAAGUAGAGAGAGAAAUGAUUACCAACAGGUAUCUAGCCAGCAGUCAAUAAAUGUUAUAUGAGAGGAAGAAAUUGGUAUGAUAGUGAGGACAGGAGAGUUGUUAGGUGUCAUAAUUGUGAAUAGAAGCAUCCUCACCAUGAUAGUUGUGUAAAGCAUUGUCAUUUGGAAUUAAAAUCUUGAAGCAACUUUCAUUGUUUGGUAAAAGAAGGAUGAAUGUUCAAAUAUCAUUACCUCAAUCCAAUUUCAUUGACAAUUCAAGGUAGCAAAGAAGAGUACUGUAGAAGGUGAGUUGGAUUUGUUUAAUAGAGAAGCCAAAUGGAGUAAAAGAGAUUUGAUUAUUUUCUAUAACAUUAUAUUCUGAGAGAGGAGGAAAGGAGAUAGAAUUAUGUCAACUUAGGUAAAGAGAUUAUUGAAAAUUAAAAAUAAGAUAUUUCA